UGGCUAGAUGUCACCCGACAUCAAACAAGAGGAAGAAGAUCGUACCAGAAGUUGUAUUGUUUAUCCGGAAAACAUGUGUUCUACCGUCAGUGAUACGGUUUAAGUUUCUGCACAAAAAUCAGCAAGUAAGAGCCUUGAGAGGCACAGCGAUCAAACCAAGCUCGGUAAUCAUCUUUCUGUUCGGCUGUUGUCGACUCAGCUUCGUUUGAAUCGGCGACGUGAGCCAAGAUGAAGCCGCCUCCUCGUACUCGAAUUAAACCAGGUCGCAUCCGGACACCUGACGGGUCACCGGUGGACUCAGGUAGAGUGUCCCAAAACUGGAAGCGAUUUGAGCGGAACAAUCUUCUGAAGGCCCUGCAAACGCUUAGCAUGACGACUGGAGGCCAAGGGGACAUCGAUUAUGCCGCCCUGAGGAAACGGGUGCCCACUCGGUCCGUCGCAGAGAUCCACGCUGUUGUAGAGGGUCUUAAAGACAAAGUGAUCUCUUCUGCGAGCUUCUACCUGAAAAACAAAGAUGAGAUGGUCAGAAAGCCCAUCGAGAUGUGGACAGAUAUGGCUUUGGCUGUGACUGGAAGCCUCAACGAUCCCAUUUGUAGAGCUUUCUCUCAGAUGCUGAUAGUGUCAUCCACUGAACCUCGUACUCUGAGGAACUGUGACCCUCCUCAGGACAACAGACUUUCCACAGACGCAGGCAGGCGUCUGGGUUGCAGCAUCCCUCAGAGACGAAUGCUUCGUUUUUCAAGCAAAGGUAAGCGCCCUGGCACCAACACAGCCCAUCCUUUUGUGGUAUUCAAGACGCCAGCACCAACCAUAGGUCGGGCCAUGAGACUCCCAGUAUCAUCCAAUGUGGUUAGAUUGCCAAAUAUCAGAAUCCCUCCACCCCAGCAACAGCCUUCAAACGCAGCUGGAACCCAACCUGCUGCCACCUCCCACCCCCCAGGCAGAGCAGAGGAACUCGUGCCUCCUACAACUCCCCAGCUUGUGUCACAGACUGUGAUCCCAGUCACAACCUGUUCCAAUACUACUUCAGAGGUGAAGACUGUGAAUGUUGGCAGCCUUGUAAAGCAGCCUACACAGCAGCUGUCAAAGCAGAAACCCUCCACCAUCUCUACUUUAAAGUCCCAUUCUUCCCGUCCUGACAUGCCCCUCGCUUCGUCUGCCACCCGUCUCACCCCUCUCCCCAGUACUGCUCCAUCCUCUGUAAAGUCUUCCACUUCAGCCACCUCCAACCACCCAGUGGCCCCACUCUCCACACCUGCUGCUGCGUUUCCUUCCAGGGUUGGUUGCGCUAGCAAAUCUGCCAAUAAAAAAACUAUCCGGACCUUCGAUGUCAACUCUAAUGUGGACUUUGAGAGGAUCUAUCACUACAUGAGCGCCCUGCACGAGACGGACGACAAGCGCCCUCUCACCCCCAUGGAGAGUGCUAUCAUGUUGGACCUGUUGAUGUCUCUUCCAGAGGAGCUUUCCCUGCUGCCCUGCACCAAACUGCACAAACAUCUGAUCCAGAUGUACCAACGUCUAUCAUCCCCUGCUAACUCCAUGGAAGGUGGAGAACUGUUUAAAGACCCACAGGAUGGACUCUCUGCUCAGACAGGUGGUCAAGACAUGCCAGCCUGUCAGCAGAUCACUGCUCAGCCCUUUGACAGCAGUGGAGUCCAGGACAGUGAAGAGCCAGAGGCGGCUGAGAGCCAAUCAUCAGGAACCAAAACCUCCUCUAUCCAACCAGGGAAGGACAAUGAGAUGGGAUUCCCCCCCCUCAAUCCUUUUUCGGUGCCACUGCAACUUUUGAUGCGUAGAUAGGUUGCAUUUAAAAUGUAUGAAACAAAUGUGCAAUGUUUUUAGGAGGCAUUAUUCAUGUUGUUAUCUCACACAGUCUUGACCCACAAAUGUGUAGGUUUUGCUGAGGGGCUGGGUUUUGAGCUUGUGUAUUUUCUGAAUAUACAAAAAUAGAAUUUGUGAAAUGUGAAGGUUUGCUUUGAAUUUCUGUUCAGAUUCAUCACCCUGUUUACUUAUUCUUAAAACGGACUGUUGCGUCUUUAAUUUUUGGCUAUUUCAGACAGUUUUAUUUAGGUUCUGUUCCAUUACUAAUAAUAAGCACAGACUGACAUUGAAUUGCAUAUGUACUGAUGCCAAAACCACAGCGUGUUGCUACCCCCGUGAGUCCGUCUCAUUGUAACAUGAUUUUCUCGUUUUGAUAAUACUCUCAAUAUUUUACCAUGAUUGUGUUAUAUUAACAUAUUUUGUUUUAGAAUCCGUUUUUCAUGGUAGUAUUAGAUAUUUAUGUUUCAACAACAAAUAAAGAAAUGAAGUAUUUAAUGUGAAUAACAAAGAAUGAAAUCUUUAGAAUUUAUUUUUUAUAAAAGAUUUUUAAACCGCUUUCUUAAAGGACUUAUCAAGAGUUCAGAAUUUGUUUAACUACUGAAAUUGACUUAAAAUGUGAGAAAAUUAUGUUGUUUCUGGUCCUGCACUCUCUAAACCUCAACAGCUACAACAUUGUUGUGAACACUUGAGGUAUAGGAUAAUUGCCAUGAAACCCAGUUUGUGUUGACAAUAAAGAUCAAUCAAAUUAAAUCAAA